CCCAGCGCGGGGUCAGCAGCGCAGCCGGAGGCCGCAGCCGAGAGCGCGCGGAGGCCGGACCCAGAGCCGCCCCUGGGACCGCCCGGCCCCCUGAGCGCCAUGGACCCCUCCUCUUCCUCCGGCCUGGCCAUCGUCCACGUGGACUUCCCUGAAGUGACCAGCGCCCUGCUGGAGAACCUGAACCAGCAGCGGGUGGAGGGCAAGCUGUGCGACAUCGCCAUCCACGUCCAGGGCCGGGUCUUCCGGGCCCACCGGGCAGUGCUGGCGGCCUCCUCGCCUUACUUCCACGACCAGGUGCUGCUCAAGAACAUGACCUCCAUCGUGCUGCCCAGCGUCAUGGACCCCGUGGCCUUCGAGACGGUGCUGGGCUCGGCCUACACGGGCAAGCUGAGCAUGGCGGCCGACGAGAUCGUCAACUACCUGACGGUGGGCAGCGUCCUGCAGAUGUGGCACAUCGUGGACCGCUGCACGGAGCUGCUCAAGGAGCGCCGGGGGGCCCUGCUGGGCCUGGCGGCCGCCCCCUCCUCCUCCUCCUCCUCUCGGGUCCACUCCAGCCGCACCAGCGACAACCAGUCGCCCAGCAGCAGCAACUACUUCAGCCCCCGGGACUCGGGCGAGGGGGCGCCCGAGCCGGGCAAGUACACCCCCCGGGGGGCCCUGGCAGCCGAGGGCUCGGAGGAGCGCGAGGAGGAGGGGGUGGUCUUCCAAGCCGAGAAGGGGGGCCCCCGCGGCCCCGACCCCUUCGCCGGGGGCAGCAAGUUCAUCCUGGAGACGGACGACGAGGCCAGUGACUGCGGGGAGCCGGCCAGCAGCGAGGGGCGCCGGCCAGCCUACGCGCGGCCCAGCAUCAUGCCCCAGAAGCAGUGGGUCUUCGUCAAGAAGGAGCGGGGAGGGGGCGCCCAGGAGGACCUGGUGCUGACCUGCGAGGAGGACGAGGACCCUGUGGAGGGGGCGGCGGGGGCCGGCGGGGCGCCCACCGAGGCCGCUCCCCUCAGCAUCAUCGACGUGCGCACCUUGAGCGGGGGGCCUGGGGGCGGCGGCAGCCCCCGGCUGGAGGAGCAGGUCAACUUCUGCGAGUCCUCGGAGGGCUUCUCCUCCUGCUCGCCCUACGAGGGCCUGGAGGAGGCGCCGGCGGCGCUGCCCGGCCCCUUCGGCCAGCGCGCACUGAUGCCCAUGGACAUGCAGGGCAACCAGAUCGUGGUCUUCCCCCCGCAGGCGCCCGUGGAGCACGGGGCGGUGCAGCUGGCGGGCGGCGCGGGCGACGGCAACAAGAUCUUCAUGUGCCACUGCGGCAAGGCCUUCUCCCACAAGAGCAUGCGCGACCGGCACGUGAACAUGCACCUGAACCUGCGCCCCUUCGACUGCCCCGUCUGCAACAAGAAGUUCAAGAUGAAGCACCACCUGACGGAGCACAUGAAGACCCACACGGGCCUCAAGCCCUACGAGUGCGACGUCUGCGCCAAGAAGUUCAUGUGGCGGGACAGCUUCAUGCGCCACAAGGGCCACUGCGAGCGGCGCCACCGCCUGGGCGGGGAGGGGGGCGCGGCGGGCGGCCUCUCGGGGGGCGUCAAGAAGGAGGCGUCGCCCUCCCGGAUCAGCGGGGACGCCGAGUGGGGCGGGGGGCUGGGCGGGGAGCCGCAAGGGGCCAAGAGCGCCGCGCCCCCAGGCCGGGACCUCUCCAAAGCGCACUGGGCCCCCCGGGGCACCGUCCACCACGGCCCACCUCUGGCCUGA